AUGUCCUUCGCUCGAUUGUCACCCGAACCAUGCGCGGGAAUUGUCUGGAGCUCCCCAUCGGGUAGCAGCGACAUUUACGACCUUUCACGUUUCCGAACUGUUCUUACAACAUACAUCGAUCAGCAUCGGCGACAUUUUGCGGAAAUUUCACGUUUCUUUCGUAAAAAGACUCUUAAAAGAAAGGUUCUUGGCAAUCUGUCAAAUAUUUCUCUUCAAUAUUCAUAUUUCUCUAAAGAAUUGGCAGCCAAACUAGAAUUUAAUGGUUUGAAACUAAUUGCUGGACAGACGUUUGGUGAUCAGACGAUACAGUGCCCCAACAGUAAUGCACAAUGCUACAAUAUGUCAGCCAGCGCUGCAACAGUAUUAGAAGUCGUCAAGGCAGGCUGUUCGUUAUGGCGAUGUAUGAGGGGAUGUUUAACUACUCUAGCUCUAGUCACUGCUGAGGCAAAUUUGGCAUGA